AUGCAAUCGCACACGUUCUCGCGAGCGCGAGGCGUACCAAUAUGCGUGAAUGGCUCGGUCUCACACUAUCGACUGCAUGAGCAGCAGCCGUCAACUUCUCAAAACAUGCCGCGCUCGGUAUCGCUGGCACCGGCUAGGAUGGGGAAGGCGAGCAUGGCUGACGCCUCCCUUCCACCAACUUUUGUCGCCCGCUUCCACGAUGAAGCUGCUGUGCGCCGAAUGCAGUACCGACGGCUUGGACAAACCGAGAUGAUUGUCUCAAAAAUCGCGUUUGGUUCGGGACCAAUUGGGGGCAUGUUCGGGAACGUUGAGGACUCCAUCACGCAAAUCGUUGAGGUCGCCCUGCGAAACGGUAUCAAUUUCAUUGACACGGCCUACUGGUAUGGCCACGCGCGGAGUGAGUCGAUUCUUGGUAAGGUUCUUUCUAAAGUACCACGAAAGGCAUACUACAUAUGCACAAAGUCGCUGAUGAACAGUUUGAAACGACUCAAACUCACUUAUGUAGAUAUUUGCUUCAUUCAAAUCCAUGAUGCUGACUUUGAGCCGCAUCAAAGCAUCAUACUCUAUGAAACCCUGCAAGCUCUCCAGAUGGCGCGACACUCUGGGAAAAUACGAUACGUUGGAAUAACCGGGUAUGGGCUCAGAAAAAUAGCGUGA